GCGGAGCUCCAGGACAAGGUGAAGCGGCCCAUGAACGCCUUCAUGGUGUGGUCGCGCAUCCAGAGGAAGAAGGUGGCCCAGGAGAACCCCAAGAUGCACAACUCGGAGAUCAGCAAGCGCCUGGGGGUCGAGUGGAAGCUCCUGGGGGAGGUCGAGAAGAAGCCCUUCAUGGACGAGGCGCGGAGGUUGCGCGCCCAGCACCUGAAGGACUACCCAGACUACAAGUACAAACCCCGCCGCAGGAUCAAGAUCCCGAAGCCCAUGAACGAUCUCGUCUCCUCCCACGCGCAUUCUGGCGUGGCGACCGCGCCGGUUCACGCCGCGGGAGCCGGGCAGAGCUACGGCAGGGGGCCCUCGCAGGCUUACCCUGAUGUGGGGGACGACCCCGUAGGAUACCCUCAGCAGUACCAGUGGGAGAUGUCGGCCGUGCAGUACCCCCCGAAUGUGGCCCCCGCGCAGACCUACGUGAACGGCGGCGGCCCGUACAGCCUGCCUUAUGGCAACAGUGUCCAGCAGUGUGGCUUAGUGCCAGCAAUAGUCCAGUCGGAGCUGGUGUCGCCCACCCCGUGUGGACCCCCUGAUCAGCUCCCUGAAACUCUACAAGUGGAUCCAAGAGGCUCCAUCAACAUGUACAUGCUGAGGAAUGACAUGCUCAACCCAGGGUACCACCACAUGCACUAUGUUAGCGAGAACAUGACCCUCAACUACACAUGAUGCCCAGCUCCAAGACGCCCGCAUCGGAUACUUGAACGAGACGAAGAACAGAGCAUGUCGCAACUGUCCCGUGCCUUAAAAAUGAAGCUUAUGGUGCUUUGGAAAAAGAAUUUCUGAAGAAAGGAGAGAGCGGACCUACAUGUUACAUGUUUGGUGCUGCAACCCCCUGGACCCAGAAAAGAAAAUGGAAAUGUUACAUUUACCAAAGACUUAUUAAUUCUAACCCAGCACUGGAACUACAACGAAUGUUCUUAAAAGGAAAAGGAGUGCCGUUAAUAAAUGACAUGGUAAUAAACACUGCACAUUCUUCAUAUUGAAACUGAUACCGUUUUUUUGAUGAAACGAGAUGCGUUGCUUGAAUCUUGACCGACCGGCGACGCCAAAGAAUGAAGCAACGGACUCAGUUUUUGUGUAUUUUUAAAUGAUUUGCACUACUGGGACUGUGCUGUAACAGACAACUAGUGAUGGCACAGCUAUGAACGCAACGCAACACGUGUGUUUUAUUUAGGCCGUUGUUUGGCCAAAACCGUUUACCUGUGU